GGGCUCGGCUCGGCUCGGCACGACUCGGGCUGCAGCUCCGGUGGGGGUGGGUGGCCAGGAUGACAGCGGCAGUGGCAGCGGCAGUGGCUGCGGCGCGGGGCUAAGCGAGCGGCGAGCGAGCAGGAGAAGACGAGGAAGUGGAGCCGCUGCCAGGAGCUCAGGAGUCCGCCGUCGCGCUGAGGUCCGCCCCGUUUUGCAGAGAGAGCUGCGCCCGGACCUCGGAAGACUUCCCUGCGGGGCUCCGGCCGCCGCGUCUCCCAAGUGGCGCCUGCCCUGCCCUGCCCUGCCCGACCCAGCCCCGGGUUCCGCGCCCGGACUCUCCCAGCCCCAAGGUCCGAAACGGACUCACGGGACGCCCAAGUCUCGGCCCUGAACCGGAGCGCCGGGACGGGACAGCUCAGGCUCCACAUUCGCGUCCAUCGUUGCGGGGUCAUUCCCAGUCUUUCUCUCAGUGUGUGUCGGAGCCCCCAGCCUUUCUCCCAGGGGUUAGCGCAAGGUGGCCCCAGCCUCCGACUGCAGUGCAAAGGAGUCCGGACGUCCCCACCCUCCGGCUCCGGAGAACCAAACCUUCAGCUGCUUCUGAUAGCUGCCUCAGACUUGGAACCGUACGAGCUCUCGGGAAGCCUGGCCAGGGUGCAGCGCCCCGCGAGGGGUCCCAGGUCGGCAGGACAGUCGGACUGAACCACUGGGCUCGUUCUGCGAGUCGAAGCUGCCGCCUUCCUUCCGCUCCAAGCGCUUGCCCCGAGAGGAACACAGACCCCCCUCUGCCGUGGCUGCCGGCGAGAGCCUAGGCUGCAGGUGAGGAAGAAGAGGGCAUAUGGCCUUGGUCUGGACCCGUAGCCUUGGCUGGGACUACUUAACCCCUGUUGUACCCAGCUCCCUGGAGUCAAGGGAGAAACCACCUUGGAAAGCCCCCGGGAGGUGGAACAGGUGUUCCAGUGAAGUGACAUCUCCACCUCCGUGGACAGGACACCCUCAGGAGUUCAGCUAGCAGUCACUGGACCUCCGGAGCCUCCAUGGGUGCUUGAGGGCUGGGCGCCAGGGCGGUGGGCACGAGCAUGGUGAGACACCAGCCGCUGCAGUACUACGAGCCCCAGCUGUGCCUCUCCUGCCUCACCGGCAUCUACGGCUGCCGCUGGAAGCGCUACCAGCGCUCUCAUGAUGACACCACACCGUGGGAGCGCCUCUGGUUCCUGCUCCUCACCUUCACCUUUGGCCUCACGCUCACGUGGCUGUAUUUCUGGUGGGAAGUCCACAAUGACUACGACGAGUUCAACUGGUACCUCUACAACCGCAUGGGCUACUGGAGUGACUGGUCUGUGCCCAUCCUCGUGACCACAGCUGCUGCCUUCACAUACAUCGCAGGCCUCCUGGUGCUGGCACUAUGUCACAUUGCCGUGGGGCAGCAGAUGAACCUGCACUGGCUGCACAAGAUUGGGCUGGUAGUCAUCCUGGCCUCCACUGUGGUAGCCAUGUCAGCCGUGGCCCAGCUGUGGGAGGACGAAUGGGAAGUGCUGCUGAUCUCCCUGCAGGGCACAGCACCAUUUCUGCACAUGGGGGCCCUGGCUGCCAUCACUGCACUCUCCUGGAUCGUGGCUGGACAGUUCUCCCGCGCAGAGCGGUCCUCUUCCCAGGUGACCAUUCUCUGUACCUUCUUCGCUGUGGUCUUUGCCCUCUACCUGGCCCCUCUUACCAUCUCCUCUCCCUGCAUCAUGGAGAAAAAGGACCUGGGCCCCAAGCCUGCCCUCAUCGGCCACCGCGGGGCCCCAAUGCUGGCCCCAGAGCACACACUGAUGUCCUUCCGGAAGGCACUAGAGCAGAAGCUGUAUGGGCUCCAGGCUGACGUCACUGUCAGCCUGGACGGUGUGCCCUUCCUCAUGCACGACACCACGCUGCGGCGCACCACCAACGUGGAGCAGGCAUUCCCGGAGCUCGCCCACAGGCCCGCCUCCAUGCUCAACUGGACCGUCCUGCAGAGGCUCAACGCCGGGCAGUGGUUCCUGAAGACUGACCCCUUCUGGACGGCCAGCUCCCUGUCACCCUCCGACCUCAGGGAGGCCCAGAACCAGUCCAUCUGCAGCCUGGAAGAGCUGCUGGAGCUGGCCAAGGGCAACGCCACGCUGCUCCUCAACCUCCGCGACCCGCCCCGGGAGCACCCCUACCGCAGCAGCUUCCUCAAUGUCACGCUGGAGGCCCUGCUGCGGUCUGGCUUCCCACAGCACCAGGUCAUGUGGCUGCCAAACAGGCAAAGGCCCCUCGUGCAGAAGGUGGCUCCCGGCUUCCAGCAAACUUCAGGCUCCAAGGAGGCUGUCGCCAGUCUGCGGAGGGGCCACAUACAGCGGCUGAACCUGCGCUACACUCAGGUGUCCCGCCAGGAGCUCAGGGACUACGCGUCCUGGAACCUGAGUGUGAACCUCUACACUGUCAAUGCGCCGUGGCUCUUCUCCCUGCUGUGGUGCGCUGGGGUCCCGUCUGUCACCUCUGACAACUCCCACACCCUGUCCCAGGUGCCUUCCCCACUCUGGAUCAUGCCCCCGGACGAGUACUGUCUCAUGUGGGUCACCGCCGACCUGAUCUCCUUCACCCUCAUCGUUGGCAUCUUCGUGCUUCAGAACUAUCACUUGAUCAGGUGGCGCCUGGGUGGCAUCCGGAGCUACAACCCUGAGCAGAUCAUGCUGAGCGCUGCAGUGCGCCGGACCAGCCGGGAUGUCAGCAUCAUGAAGGAGAAGCUCAUCUUCUCAGAGAUCAGCGAUGGCGUGGAGGUCUCCGAUGAGCUCUCCGUAUGUUCAGACAGCAGCUACGACACAUAUGCCAACAGCACUGCCACGCCUGCGGGCUCCCGAGGGGGCAGCAGCCACACCAAGACCCUUACAGACCGGGGUGGGCGUUAGCAGAAGACCUGUCUGUCUGGGCCUGUACCUGACAUAGAAACCAGGAGAGCCCAGGAGAGCUGGCGUGUUGGACCGAGAGCUCCGGGAGCUGGCUCCGCAGCCUCUACUUGGGGCCUAGCCCUUUGUCACCAUGACCUCUCUUGGAGGGUGUUUCCUCUCCCCUGAGGCCCAGCGGGGCCAGGAUUCCAGCCUUUCAGAUGCCCCUGCAGGCCUGGGGCUCCUUCUUCUGGGAAGUGUGGGGUCUGGGGCCUGGUCCUGCUCUCACAGGCCUCUCUCACAUCCCAGCCAGAAAGCUUUGAUGGGUCACUGGAUGGUGCCAUCUUCCGUGGCAACGAGGAUGUAAUUGCCCACCUGUGUCUGUCUACCUGUCCACACCAUGGGCAACUGACUUCUCCAUUUUUAUCCUGCCUUGAAGACCUGGGCUAGGCUUUUACCCCUGGCCCCUGGCAGCUCUGCUCUCCAUGUCAGUCUCAAAGCACAAGGAAGUUCUGCCCAGGGAGAAAGCCGGUGGCUGUGAUCCAGAUACAUCCUCCUUCCCAACCAGCCUCCCACCAGCACCACCAGCCCCUGCCCCACCAGAGGGCUUGAACCAUGUCACCUAGGAGGAGCUGGAGAUAGCCAGAAGUACAGGCUUAGGGCUGGUCUAUGUCACACCCAAGUGUCCAACAGGCCUCUGGGGAAGAAGUGGCCCUGAGGCCCAGGAGAUCUACAGACUGAUACAAUCUCAUGUUCCCCCACUGUGGCCCCAGGGCAAAGACCCCUUAGGAAAAGUGUUCUGAGCAUGAUGAAAUAUGGACAUGUGGCCAGUAGGCCUGCAGUGGAGGGAGCCUGAGGGCCUCGUCCAGGAUGAUUAAAGCUGCCAUCUUGA